GAUUUUCCCUGGCGAAGACUGGUCGUGGGGUGGAGAUUUUCCCCCAUCAUUUCCUCCUUCUCGCAUCGAAUCAGCUUCGUCGAAGUUGAUUUUCCCGGAAUCCUGCGGCCGCUUCCGGAUCUUUUCUUUUUCGCCAGCUAGAUCCGCAAUCACUGGCGACCCCCUUUUUUGUCUUCUGAUUGGCCGAAAGAUUUCCGCCACUGUUGCGUGCCCGAUACUCUGCGCGUUUUCCGCUGCUGCUGCUUUGUUGAGCGCGGCCGAGUGAGAAAAGCUCUGAUUACCAAGUGUCACAGGAUCGAAUGUGUCGAGAAAAGGUUGCACUAUCGAUCAGUACAAGGCGCUUUUAUACUUCCAGAGUACAUCAGGUAACCAUGUUUAUCUUAUCCAAAGGAAUAGACCCUUCUAGAAUAUAGAAUCACCCUGCGUAUAGCCACGCAAGGCCAUUGGCUUUAAGGGAUUACGGCAGGAUUACGCUAGAUAUAGCACACCAAUACAUCCCAAGCCUGGUCGGUGAUAUACUUAUAAUAGCAGGAUAAACCAAAGGUUAAUGGAAAAGGAAGAAUAAGAACCCAAAUGAGAUGCGGUAAAAAGAGAAAUGAAAAGGGAAGGAAAUAAGAAAAGGCCAAGUGGUGUAACGGGGUCGUACUCUCACAGAGCUGAUGCAACUCGACAUGACGAACGCUUUUCUUAAUUCACCCAUCGACCGUAUCAUGAAGCAGCCGAAGUACUAUGAUGACGGCAGCGGCAGAGUCUGUCUGCUUAAGAAGAGUCCAAAGCUGUGGUACGAAGAACUCGAUGGAGUUCUGUAGAGCGGGGGCUGGUCGAAGAGUCGGGUCGACGAAGCCUUCUACUUCCACGAAGACGAGCACGGUGACAAGUGCUACUUGCUCGUCUACGUCGACGAUCUGCUGGCUGCAGGUCGGAGCAAGGCGCAUUUGGCAGAGUUGAAGACUCUGCUCGAGAAGGCGUUCAAGCUUCGAGAGAUAAGUCAUGUGCUGAAGUACUUGGGCUUGGAGCUGAUCUGGGACAGAUCUGCUCAGAAGAUCUGGCUGCACCAGAGAGGCUACAUCGACAAACUGCAGAGGCGUUUUCUGCCAGAGGGGCCUCCUCGACGAAGCCCGAAAACGCCGAUUUCUGUCGAUGCAUUCAAAGAGAUGACGUUCGACGAUGCAGAGUUGCAGGGACGAACAGAGGAAGAGUAUCGCCAAAGAGUGGGAUCUCUGCAGUUCGCCGCCUGCACGACACGUCUGGACAUCGCUUUUGCCUGCAGCAAGCUCGCGUCUGAGCAAACUGUUCGAAGUGAUCAGCACUGGAAGGAGCUCGACCGUUGCAUUGCGUCUCUCGUGGGGACUCGCGAUGUGGCUCUGGAGCUUGGCGGAGAAGCCACAAAUCUGCGCCUCGUUGGUUUCGCAGAUGCUGGCGACAGGCAGAGUCGCAGCAGCACAAGUGGCUACAUUUUCACCCUCAGUAGAGCUGCAAUUUUGUGGGCGAGCAAGAGGAUAAAAUGUGUCACCUUUUCGUCUGCGGAAUCUGAGUACAUCUCUGCCGUGGAGGCUGGCAAAGAAGCACGAAAGCUGCGCUUUUUGCUGGCAGAGUAUGGGCUCCUCAAUGAGGAUGAGCCCACGACGCUCUAUGUCGACAAUCAAUCUGCCAUUUCUGUGUCAGAAGGGAUGGGGCUCAAGGGGAGCCUUACGCAUAUGGAGCGGCGGUACAUGUGGGUGCAGCAGAUGGUCGCACGUCGCAAGAUGAAAUUGCAGCACAUCCUGACGAACGAACAGUCGGCAGAUUACUUGACCAAGGCCUUGCAUUUUCCUGCGUUCGAUCAAUGCUUCGGCAGAGUGGGUCAGGUGCGAUUGUCUGCAAAAGGGAGCGCAGAAGGAGUCUCUUCAGGGGAAGAGUAGGCGCCAUGACCUCUUUCAUGGCUGGUGCGGUGAUCCCAACGUGCGAAGAAGUGCAGAUUCUCGCAAUUUCUUGUGUGUUCAUUUUGUGUGUUUUCAUUUCUUACGAUUUCCUCUAGACCCGUUCUCUGCUGGUUGGUGAUUUCACAUGACCAGUGCAGGGGAGUGUUGAGAAUAGCCCUGAUCCUGCGAAGGUUGCAGAAGUCUGCGUAAGUAGCAUAUCAACGAAGUCUGCGGACACGAGCCCAGCAGAAAGGUCCAUCGACAGAGCUCUGAUUUUGCAGCCAGAGCUCUAACUCUGACUCUGACCACCAGAGCUCUGUCUUUUACCACCAGAGCGCUGACUCUGACGUCAGAUCUCUGACUCUGACCGCCAGAGCCCUGCCUCUGACCGCCAGAGCUCUGACUCUGACCGCCAGAGCUCUGACGGCCAGAGCUCUGACUCUGACGCCAAAUCCCUGACUCUGAGGGCCAGAGCUCUGACUCUAACCGCCAGAGCUCUGACACUCACCGCCAGAGCUCGGAUUCUGACGGCCAGAGCUCUGACUCUGACCACCAGAGCUCUGAUUCUGACGGCCAGAGCUCUGACUCUGACCGCCAGAGCUCUGACUCUGACCG